AUCAGUACGGAAUUUGAAACAUGAUCGCAGUAAAGCUUUUUUUCGGCCUUCAACUAGUGUUCCUGAAUCAUGUAGUCUUUUCCGACUAUAUAUUGGAAUCGACAAGUUUACCAGAGGUUCGAUUUAGACCGCCGAUAGGGAAUGGUCACAUAGCAACAAAUGUUCUGUCUGAUACUGUAUACAUGAACGGGAUGUAUAACGGCAGAGAAGACCUCAGUAGUCGAGCACGAAUACCGUCUUACGUUGCCAUUGAUGUCAAUAUAAGCAGUGAUGAUGUCUUACAACGAGCGUAUGUUUUAAACAUGAGAAACGGCAUUUUCUAUCAAACGAUCAGAACGGAACUUCUUAACAUAACGGUAACGUACUUCGCCCAUCGAAAUCAGACAAGAAUAAUGGCAACUCGAGUUGAAAUACAGAGGAGAAAUACCACAAAUAAGAAAGAAAUUAACUUACAUCUUCAGACAAACAAGGGCAGUGAGUCGGCUGAUUUUGACGGAACAAUUACUCGUCUUGACCAAGUUCCUGGUCUUCGCCAGCCUGUUUGGCACUACUCGGGCGUUACGAGAGACCCCGAAACACGUGAUCUACUGGCGACCCCUCUGCACGUUUAUUACUCGGACAUUCCGGCGUUCUUGUCUCUCCCUUCCAAUCAGGACAGCCUAACAGUCACAUUUGCUGCUUCCUACAGUACGGACAAAGACGAUGCUCUGAACCAUUUUACUGAAGCUUUUAAAGGAGAUGAACACCUAAAAGCCUCUCAUAUAAAGGCUUGGAAUGACUUGUGGGAUGAAGGCAGGGUAGAUAUAAACGGGGAUGAAAGUCUUGCUCUGGACAUUGCCGCCGCUCAGUACAAUAUUCUGUGUUCCCUGCCCUCGCACGACGAUCCUAUCACUCCAUUCUAUGGACUUGGACCAGGAGGCUUGUCUCGUGGUGGUCUGUAUUUCCCCAACAGACCAGGAGGUCCAAAAAACGACUACGCCGGUCAUGUGUUUUGGGAUAUGGACACGUGGAUAAUGCCUCCAAUAAUGAUUUUUCAUCCCGACAUGGCACCACGUAUGAUUGGGGCUAGGACACGUGUCAUGGAACAAGUACGGCAAAAUGCUCGGUCGAACGGAUACAAGGGUGUUCAAUUCCCCUGGGAACAGGCUGCAACCGGUAUUGAAGCAACCCCGAAAUGGGCGGGAAAUAAUUCUCACUACGAAAUCCACAUCACCGCCGACAUAGCGUACAGUCUCAGACAGUAUCUUUACGCUAGUAACAACAUCGACAUCGUUCUCGAGGGAAAAGUGUUGGAACUUGCCAUAGAAAUUGCAAGGUUCUGGCAGAGCCGAGUUAAAGACUUUGGAGACAGGGUGGAAAUUUUAGGAGUUAUGGGCCCUGAUGAAUAUCACCAAAAUGUGAACAACUCAGUGUUUACCAACUACAAUGCUAAACUCAGUCUGACACUGCCGCAAUGGAUUGUAGGUCAUUUCAACUUAAAGGUAAACGAUUCGCUGACUAAGGAAUUUGUCAGAUUUAACGACACAGCAGACAGAAUGUUGCUGUUAUUCGAUGAAAACCGACAGUUCCAUCCACAAUAUGAAAAUUACAAUCUUUCAAUUCCAAUAAAACAAUCGGAUGUUGUGUUACUUGGAUACCCUCUUAUGAUGUCUAUGACCCCAGAUGUUCGCCACAACGACUUACUUUUGUAUGAACAGAUAACAGAUCGACAAGGGCCCGAUACGGGCACAUGGUCUAUGCACACUGUUGGCUGGCUGGAAGUUGGGAAUGAGACCAGGGCAUACAACAGUUUCAAAAUGAUGUUCAGGAACAUCAACGAACCUUUCAAGGUAUUUAGUGAAAACCCAGUGAAUGGUUCCCGAAAUGGCGGGUGUGUCAACUUCAUAACCGGUGCAGGAGGUCUCUUUCAAGCGAUUGUUUUCGGAUAUGGCGGACUCCGGUUGCAAGAAGACCGCCUGGAGAUUAACCCUUUCACAAUACCGGGCACAACUGGUUGGGCUCUAAGAGGAAUUCAUUAUAGAAGCAUUGUAUUUGACCUCGAGGUUGACAGUAAUGAUAUGGUGAUUAAUUUGAGAAAGUUACCAAAGGGAAUGAAAUUAUCCGUUGAGUUAUCAAACGAACGAGGGUCAGAAUUUAAUCGUUUGGAUUCAAGAAGGUUUAAACGUCAACAUGCACGUCUGCAACUACAGGACUAUUUUGAGCAAACCAAGACUGUUGAACACACAACCCAAAAGGCAAGAGCCGAAUCCUUUUCUGGAUCCCAAUGGUCUUCCCUAUUCAUCCUGUCAUUAAUUAUAUUUGACAAGCUAAGCUGCUAUUUCGCAAACUGUACACCCAAUGUAUAAAGUAUUUUCCUGUGAAAGACUGAAUAAACUUCGAGUUUCUACAUGAUGUAUCGUUAAUAAGCAACGCAGAUUUAUAGAGUAUAAUUGUUUGUUUCAAAUUCAGAUCUCAAUUUAUUUAUCGAGAAAAAAAAUCAGAAACAAUAUCCCACGAUUGGCGUGGCCACGGGAGAAAUAUGUUAUUUGGUGUUCAUGAGGUGGGAUUCAUUACGAUCUUACAAAAAAACAAACUUAUUUGUUAUGAUGUUAUUACAUGCCUAAAAUAUAUUAAAUAACGGAAAAUAAAGCGCUCAUAUUUGUUAGCGAAAUAAACGUAGUUAGUAA